AUGGAGCUGGGAAAGGCAAAGCUGCUGAGAACUGGCCUCAAUGCUUUGUAUCAGGCCAUCCACCCCGUGCAUGGAAUUGCCUGGACAGAUGGGAAGCAAGUGAUACUGACUGCUUUAUACUAUCAUAACAGAGAGCUAAAGUUUGGAGACUCGAGCGUUGUUGGCCAAUUCGAACACGUUCAUGGGCUUUACUGGGGCCCAUGUUGCUCUACGGACACCCCAGCUCUGCUUGCUGUUCAGCAUAAAAAGCAUGUUAGUGUCUGGCAGCUGGGCUACAGCACUGCAGAGAAGAACAAACCCUUGAUUUCUCAGACUUGUGAAGUUGGUGAGCCAUUUCCACUGCUUUCUCAGGGCUGUGUCUGGCAUCCAAAGAAGGAGGUCUUGGCUGUGCUUACAAAAAGAGAUGCUUCAGUCUUGCAUGCUGUUCGUACUGACAAUACUAGAGUUAAGGCAGAUAUUAAAAGCAGUGGGCUUAUCCACUGUGCUUGCUGGACUAAGGAUGGUAAUCGUUUAGUAGUUGCUAUAGGCAGUGCCCUGCAUUCCUACAUAUGGGAUGAUGCUCAGAAAACUCUAAAUACCUGCUCCUUUUGCCCUGUCUUUGAUGUGGGAGGUUAUAUCUGUGCUAUAGAAGCCACACUGGAUUUCCAAAUUGCUGUAGCUACUGAGCUUCCUUUAGAUAAUAUCUGUGGUUUGAAUGCAGGCAUUGCAUUUGAUAUGACACCUGGUACAGAAACUGGUUCUUUAAUCUCACAGUCUGCUCUGGUGCUUGGUGAUGAGGAAUACUCCAUGGACCUGCGAAGAAAGUCCACAGAUUCAGAUCGAUCAGGUGUUGAUUCAGUUGCUUCUUCUUCGUCAGGUCCUGUGGAUUUAACCCAUAUCCUUGCAAACCACCGUCGGUCUGAUCCCGGUCCUUUCAUCACUCUGAAAUGCAAAGACUCUGCAAUGACAAAUGCUCAAGAUUCUUCUCACUUGAUCUUGGUGACUUUUGAGAGGAAGGUAACCACCACCAGAAAAGUCACCAUCCCAGGUAUUCUGGUUCCUGAUAUAAUGGCCUUUGACUUGAGAGCUCAGAUUGUGGCAGUGGCCUCUAAUACGUCUAACAUUGUUUUAGUGUAUUCAGUAACCUCUUCCUGUAUGCCUCAUGUUCAACAAAUCCAGCUGGAAAAAAAUGAAAGACCAAAGGGCCUAUGCUUUUUGACAGACAAACUCCUAUUGAUUCUGAUUGGCAAGCAGAAGUUCCCUGAGCCUAGUCUCAUUCCAUCUUCAAGUUCAGACAGGUAUGUAAUGCGUCUGAUGAUCAAAGAACUGAUGCUGGAAGAAGAUUCUUCAGCAUUGCCAGAGACUAAACAGAAUAUAUUCUAUAACUUUGAAUCCUCUGUUAAUAUUCCUGGAAAAAGAAAGUUCUUUGAAAAUCUUGCUACAGAAGACCAACCUCAAAGCAGGGAGCUGUUAGUACCAAGAAGUACAGUUAUUCAAUCUCCUAGUGGCAGGAGAAGACUCAUUGAAGAAAUAAAGAACCCUAGCUAUGAGCAGGGCUCUUCAUCAAGUGUGAGUGACCUGGAUGAAAAAAGGCUCCCAAGUGACCCCUCGGUGGCCUUGGAAACAUUGGAUGCUGAACCUACCAAUCGUUCAGUGUCUCUUCUUGGUUUUGGAACACCUACCAGGCUUUCCAGCAGACCAACUUCCCCUAAAGUGCAGUUGAAUGUGAUCCAAGAAACAUCAAGUUCUCCUAAAAACAACAAUUUUUCAAGUGAAAGAGGAAUGAGUCAUAUAUCUAGAAAUUUAGACAGACUUUGUGGCAGCUUCAGUGAGCUACAACUGAGUCUUUCUGAAAUAAAAGACCUUGCUAAAAAUGGGAGGAGGAUAUCUUUAACCUAUCCGUGUUCACAGGAACCACCUGUCGUUCACAUCACUUACCAGAAAAGUUUUUCAAAUGGAGCAGUUUCUGAAGAAACAAAAGAUGUUCUCCUCUGUGAUGGCAAGAUCCCUUUGAAUUUAGUCCAGCAGCUGUUUGAUCUGCCUGUUAUUGAAAUGAAGCACGGCUCUUCUUGGAUUGUGCUCACUGCAGACAAGGAUGGCUUUGUGCCAUUAAUAUUCAAAGCAGCACAAGAGAUAAUCAUAAGGGAUGGAACUGACAGUUCAGAAGUCUGUGGAGGUCACUCCUACAAAAAAAGCAUUUCAAUUCGACCACCAAGCAGAGUGACAUAA